AUUAGCAGCGGCAGCCGUCAAAUGAAAGAUGCUGAAUAUCAGCAGACUCUCCCUGAGCCCCCCUCACUCCUGGGCAUCAUACAAUCUGCUGCAGCCACUCUGGGAUCAUUUGCUUCAUCACCACAUGUCUCUUGUCUCAUCUCCCUUUUUUCCAGUCAUCCUUGCUUUCUCCAGCUACAUUUUCUUCAGUUUCCCUUUUGCUGUGCUGGACCUUUUGGGGGAGAGGCUCCCUUUAUUCCACAAGUACAAGAUCCAGCCAGAGAAGAGGCCAACACUGGGAAUGAUGGCCAAGAGCUUCAUGACAUGUCUGUAUAACCACGUUUUCUUUGUUUUACCAGCUGUUAUAAUUGGCAUGUUCAUACUUCCAACACCAACCCUGCCGCAAGAUGCUCCCACAUUAUAUCAGGUUUUUACUGAGGGACUGGCUGUUCUGCUCCUCUUUGACACCCAGUACUUCAUAUGGCACUUUUUGCAUCACAAGAACCCCCAGCUUUACCGCUGGGUGCAUGCAGUUCACCACGAAUACAAGGCACCGUUCUCCUGGUCCACAGAGCAGCUCAGCAUCCCAGAACUGAUGACUGUGGGCUUCUGGAGCAACCUGGACCCAAUUCUUUUGAAGUGUCACCCACUGAGCACAUGGUGCAUUACAGUUCUCAGCAUCGGGAUGUCUGUGGAAGACCACAUAGGCUACGACCUGCCUUGGACCCUCAACCACCUGGUGCCUUUUGGUCUGCUGGGUGGAGCCCCAGCUCACGACAUGCACCAUCAGAAGCCGAGCAGCAACUAUGCUCCUUUUUUCAGCCACUGGGAUCGGAUCUUUGGCACUGCUGUCGGUCUGAAGAAAAACAAUGUUUAACACAGACAAUAACCAACACAACUCUGUAAAUACCUUAUCUUUUUAUAGAUAACUGAUAUUUGUUAAAUCUUUUAGGUUUAUAUUCAUUCAUAUUACAUUAAACUUGUGAAAAUAUUUUAAGGUGGUUAACUUUUUGUUCAAUGAAGCGGAGACAUAAGAACUUUUUUUUUUCAAACCUCAUUGUUAUUGUACAUUGCAGAAUAUUUAUGUCUAGAGGAGGAAUAGUGAAAUUUGCUCCUAUUUCUGACAUAUAAAAACUCACAUUCAGUGGGAACUUUACUCAACUAGGUCUACUUAUGAAUCCUAUUGGUUAAAGAUUCCUGAACCAAAGAACUUCUUUAAAUUUAAAUGGAUGUGGUGCCACAUAUUUACAUCCAUUAUGAGGGGCAUAAUAAAUAAAUAAAUACGCCAAUUCAAGUUUUGACAAAAAAUUACAGGGCAAAUGAAUAUAGCUACCGCUGCUGUUACACAGCCAUCCUUCUAACACACUGAAAGCACAAGACACUCAAUGGUAACAUUUCACGUAGAUGGAUCAAAAGGAAAAAGCUGUCGAUUUCUAUUUGCACAUCUUUCUCUCCAAACACCAGACAUCAUUUAGUCAUUGGUUUUUGGGCAACUCUUGUCGGUCCAUCGUAGUCUUGAUUUAGUCCAGAAAUAGAUAAUUGGGCUGUUUGUUCGGUCUGAUUUUGUCCCAUUUUAAUCCUUUUCAACGUUCUGAAAAGUACGGCUUUUCACCUUUCGCUUCUCAACCAAAUCUAGAUGUUGCUCGGACCCAUAUCAUGACGAUUUUUGAACCAAUUUUUGCUAGAUUGCUGGAUUUUGUUUGAUCCAAAUUCCUGUGUCCUUUCAUCCUCUCCUUUCUGCUCCUCAGCCUGCGGCCUGUUUCUGAUACGAUAGUUAUAGAUUCAGGAAGUCACAGAGAAAAGUUCAUUUUGACAGAGUAACACUACAACAUUGAUCUGAACAUUUUAUUUGAUUACUAG